GCUGUGCAGAGAACAGACACAAACCUACAACUGAGAUAACAGCAGACUUUACAACAGUAGAAGUUACAGCAGUAGAAGUUACAACAGUAGAAGUUACAACAGUAGAAGUUACUGCAUUUGAACACACGUGUGUAAAGAUGUCAGAGGAAAUCUAUGAAAACAGCGAUGGAUUUAGAGGCAAAAAAAUAAAUGAAAUAGAGACCAUGGAUUUUAAUGAUCAAAUAUACAACAACGAAAGACCCAUCAUGCCCUGCAAGAAGGAUGGAGUUGGUGAUCAACAUUCAGUGUUUUGUCAGUGGUGGAAGAGAUACUCUGGAGCUGUUGCAGUGUGUCUGGGGCUGCUGUGUGUUCUUCUACUGGCUGGGAUCAUAGGCCUGUUACUCUACCAGAGAAACCAAUUGACCAGUUACAACACCCUGACCAAAGAUGGAGACCAGUUACAGACCAGCGGCAACAACUUGAGAGACCAACUACAGACUAGCAACAACACCCUGACCAAAGAGAGAGACCAGCGACAGACUAGCAACAGCACCCUGACCAAAGAGAGAGACCAGCUACAGACCAGUUACAACACCCUGAUCAAAGAGAGAGACCAGCUACAGACCAGUUACAACACCCUGACCAAAGAGAGAGACCAGCUACAGACCAGAUACAACACCCUGACCAAAGAGAGAGACCAGCUACAGAAAGAGAUAGAACGUCUGAAACAAUCUUUAGUUGAGAAAGUGUGUCCGCAAGAAUGGAAGAAGCUUGAUAGCAGUUGUUACUACGUCUCUACUGAGUACAAAUCCUGGGAGGAGAGCAGACAGGACUGCAGAAAAAGAGGAGCAGACCUGGUGGUCAUCAACAGCGAAGAGAAACAGACAUUGGUCAAUUGGUUAUGUGGAGUAUAUGACUAUGUCUGGAUUGGUCUGACUGACUCUGUUACUGAGGGGACCUGGAAAUGGGUGGACGACACACCACUGACCACAAAGUAUUGGGACAGUGGAGAGCCUAAUGGUGGCGUGGCUGACAACUGUGUGUAUUUCUACUCCUGGACAUCAGACAAAGGAGAAUGGUGGGACUAUUACUGUUCCUAUAAAUACAGAUGGAUCUGUGAGAAAUAGGAUUCAUCCUCGGUACUCUGAACUGCUAAAUAGGAUUAUGCUAAGUACUAUCAAUCGUAAACUUUUUUGUGCUUAUUCAAUUUACCUUGUCAAGUACAUACAAUAUAUAACAAUACAAAUGUAUAAUACAUUAUAAUAAAAAUAACAAAACAUAUGCAAUAACAAUACAAUGAACUGAUAACAGAAGGACUGUUCUCUUUAUUGUCGUAGUAAUUCACCACUAAGGACUCAAAGUAAAAGGAAAUGAAUCCUGAGUUGACUGUUCAGCUACUGUAGGUUAUUCUCCAUAUGGCUGAGUUGACUG